AUGUCAUCAUCCGUCCAAGCAGGCCGAGUUACCAAGAAGAACACUACUACUACCGCGCGGCGGAGACGCGUACAACACCCGAAGAAGACACGAGCUAGUACUAAGUCCCAACCACAUGAUCAUGAGUAUGAGCGCGAUGGGAGUCAAUACAACCCAACACCAUCAUCAUCACUCCCGCUCGUCGAGCGCACCAACAAACUCAGCAUCCAAAUAUUCACUUCAGAAUACAUCACCCCAGAGUUUCUGACAUACACCUACAAACCCGAAACCCCAUCAUCAACUGACGAGCAGAGGUAUAAACUUUCCAUCCACUCCGCAGCCAGCAUCCCCACCAGCGACCUAAAUGCAUGCUUCGAUCUCAUCGAGGAGACAUCCUCAGAAGCAUACAGGAAUUCCUCAACGGGGUGGUCUCCAAGUAAGAAGAAGAAGGAGAUGAAGCUUCCGGAUAUGAAGUAUUUGGUUGUUCGUCGGGAAGAGUUAACACCAAGUGAUGGUGAAGGGGAUGUGGUCGGAUUCAUGUCAUUCAUGAUUACAUAUGAAGAUGGGAAAGAGGUGGUGUAUCUCUACGAGAUCCAUUUGUCGUCUGAGGUGCAGAAGCAAGGGCUUGGGAAGCGGCUACUGCUUGUGCUGAUGGAGAUAGGGAGACGGGUUGGGGUGGAGAAGGCGAUGUUGACGGUGUUUACGUCGAAUGGGGUGGCUCAGAGGCUUUAUGAGGCUAUUGGGUUUGAUACGGAUGAGUAUAGUCCUCGGCCGAGGAGGUUGAGGAAUGGGAUGGUUAAGGAGCCGGAUUAUAGGAUUAUGUCUGUUAGGUUGGAUGGGGGGCCGUAUGUAUGA